GUCAAGGGGCUGGCUGGCUGCGAGGUGCGGCGGCGAGACCUGCCGGGAAGAUGCCAGUGGCCGUGAUGGCGGGAAGUGCCUUCAGUUUCAAAAAGUUGCUGGAUCAGUGCGAGAACCAAGAGCUCGAGGCUCCUGGAGGAAUUGCUACACCCCCAGUGUAUGGUCAGCUUCUAGCUUUGUAUUUGCUCCAUAAUGAUAUGAAUAAUGCAAGAUAUCUUUGGAAAAGAAUACCUCCUGCUAUAAAAUCUGCAAAUUCUGAACUUGGGGGAAUUUGGUCAGUAGGACAAAGAAUCUGGCAGAGAGAUUUCCCUGGGAUUUAUACAACCAUCAAUGCUCACCAGUGGUCUGAGACGGUCCAGCCAAUCAUGGAAGCAUUGAGAGGUAUAUUGGAACACGGAUGGCAAGCGGACUCCACCACCAGGAUGGUUCUGCCCAGAAAGCCAGUUGCAGGGGCCCUGGAUGUUUCUUUUAACAGGUUUAUUCCCUUAUCAGAACCUGCUCCAGUUCCCCCAAUCCCCAACGAACAGCAGUUAGCCAGACUCACUGACUAUGUGGCUUUCCUUGAAAACUGAUUUCUCAUUCUGUGUUCAGGAUCCCACCAUCAGAAUCCUGUAUACUGACAAAUAUAGAUACGUAAAAUU